AUGAGAGAAAUAAAACAAUCAAGGCUUCACCGCCUUACUUUUUGCUUUAUUUUGCUUGCACAUGUGGAUGCAUCCAAUGACAACGAACGUGAUGAUAACAGCAAGUGCGGACUCUAUCUCGCUCCUUCUUCUAUUCCCCAUGCCGGCCUUGGUAUGUACGCAGGGCAUCGAGAAUACAAACAUGGAGAACAAGUGACUGAUGGAGAUAUCGUUAUCCCAAUCUUUGAAAUGGAAUGGCACAAUCAAUUGAAAGACUGGGAAUACGAUCAUUUCUUGUGGGAUGAAUACACAUGGAACGGAGAAGUUUUCCCAGGCAGUGAAGAAGAACAAGAAGAUGUUUCCCAACUUCAAUUUGCCAGUCCUGGAGUUGGAGCAGCUGCCAACAGUUACCUGAGCUUGGUCAAUAUUAAUGAUGAAUGGAUUCAAUUAGAUUUGGGAACUGAUGUCAAGAGUCCGGGAGCUGGAGCACAAACUCCGUAUCAUGGACGUUCAUUUUCAGCCACUUCCGACAUUCCAAUGGGUGGAGAAAUAUGGGUCAGCUAUGGAUCUAAUUACUUUGCCAGUAGAGAGAGGGUAUAUGGGUACAUUCCAUUGCCAGACUCCUAUCCCCCCGCCGACAAGCUGCUGAAGCGAUUUGAACGCAUGCGUAUUCGGACGGAAGCAGAGCUAUCAGACCAAUUGUCACCUGGCAUUUGGGAAGACUUGCUGGAUACUAUCUUGGACUAUGGCAAGACUUGGAAGACUUCCCGAGUGUUGAAUGCCCUGCCCGACUCUGCAGAGAUUAUUCCUGAUGUCCUCAUGGAUGGUGGGACUGCCUACAGAGACUUCAAUAGAAGUACCCAGGAACUAUCGUGGUUGGAGGAGAAUGGCCAAUGCAUGGACAAUAUCAAAGUUUUGGAAGUUAGCCAAGAAUCUCCAGAUGCUGGACGCGGAGCAGCUGCAUCCCGAUUCAUUCCCAAGGAUGGACUUGUGGCUCCAGCACCUGUCAUUCACGUCCCAGACUAUGAAGUACUCGAAAUGUUUCUCCCGGUGGAUACGCCCCGUACCAAGGGUGGAGGCUUCAAUGUCGUCCCAGAUAUGGAAGGGCCAGUAAUGUAUCAACUAUUACUGAACUAUUGCUUUGGACAUGAGGAAUCAACUUUACUCUUGUGUCCAUAUGGUCUACUAACUGCUCUUAUCAAUCAUUCAUCUGAGAAUGCCAAUACUCGAGUCGUCUGGAGUGACGCAAUGAGGCAUAAGGAAUGGCUGAACAAUCCCAUUGAACACUUUGGUGAGGAAUACAUUGCCGGGCUGCAGCUUGACUAUGUGGCUCUGAGGGACAUCGAAGAAGGUGAAGAAAUCUUGAUUGAUUAUGGCGAACCAUGGGAAAAGGCUUGGGAAGAACACAAGGCAACCUUUGCUCCAAGGGAAAACUAUGUACCUGCCUUUGAAUUGAAUAAACUACUGCCGGAUUUGGAGUUUCGCACCGUCCGUGAUCGACCCUACUUUCUAGAUGGGGUACAGCUCCGAUGUCGAACUUGGUACGUCAACAAAUUCCAAGCCGAAGAAGAGGAGGAGUUGGAUGAUUACCCGUGCCAAAUCCUCAAAAAGCUAGGAAACGAUCGAUACCAAGUCCAAGUGGUGAAUGAUGAGUCAGAUAACGUGAUAAGUCGCUUCGCUGGGGAACGCAUGCUCUGGGACGUUCCAGUUGAUGCCUUUUUGUUUAUAGAUCUGCCAUAUGAACGACUGCAUCACUUUCAGUUUGAUGCCUUUCGUCAUGCCAUGACAAUGCCGGACGAUAUUUUCCCAGAAAAGUGGAAGAACAUCAAGAAGGAAGAAAACGACGAAGCGACUGCCUCUACUACAGAAUCAGCAACUGCUUCCGAUUCUGAACUAUAA